CUACUAAAUUUAUGCGGUGCGAAGUACACGUGCGUGAUAGUACUGUUGUGUUGUGACAAGUUCGUCAAAUACUCCUUAAAAUGCGUCCGCUCACGAGCGAAGAAACUCGAACAUUUUUCGACAAGCUCUCCAAAUACAUUUCCGAGAAUAUCAAGCUUCUCAUUGACAGGCCAGAUGGCACCUACUGCUUCAGGCUUCAUAAGGACAGAGUCUACUAUGUGAGCGAAAAGAUCAUGAAGCUGGCCAACAACGUUGCCCGGGAGAACCUCAUCAGCAUGGGCACUUGCUUCGGCAAGUUCACAAAGUCCGGCAAGUUUCACUUGCACGUCACAGCUCUGGACUACAUGGCACCGUAUGCGAAACAAAAGGUGUGGCUCAAACCAAGCGCGGAGCAGCAAUUCCUGUAUGGGCACCACGUGUUGAAGUCUGGUCUGGCGAGGAUCACUGAGAGCACCAACACGUACGACGGCGUCGUCGUCUACUCCAUGAGUGACAUUCCCCUGGGUUUUGGUGUUGCAGCUAAGUCCACGCAAGAGUGCCGGCGUGCAGACCCCAUGACCAUCGUUGUGUUCCACCAGGCUGAUGUGGGGGAGUACAUUCGCUCCGAAGACACCCUCACGUGAUCAGCUAACUGCCAUUAUGUAUUUUACCUUAAAUAUAUUCUA